CUUUCUAAGCGUGCUGUCCGGAGACAUCCAAUAUCUCUCAAGUGUAUAUAGGAAGUAGGGAGCUUAUCAGCAAGCAUUGAUUCAUACAAUUGAACAUCAGUUAUACCCAAGUGUCCGUGGCAAUUUGAGUUCAGUGACGCUUCUGCUAUGACACAUAUUCGCUCAAAGCUGCUUGGCAAAACCUGACAAGUUAAUAACACCCGUGGAUCUUCGCGGAGAAUCCACUAGAAUCGCUCUUUGAAAGUGGGCUGAGGACAAUCCCGGUCCCAAUCCGAUUAAUAUUGGGCAGUCGAACACCGGAGAAUUUUCCCUUGAGGCUUUAAAAUACUUGAUCGAGCCCGUUUCCCCUUCACUCUUUCCCAUCUGUUGAGUCUUCCACUUCAGUCUCAAAUUUUCCAAGCUGCGGGUAUAUCUCUCAUUAUGGUCUUUCACUUGACGCAGCUACAGCGUCUCUCGCUUGUGAUCGGUAUCUCACUUUGCUUCUUCAUUGCUGAAAUUUCAGUUGGAUUUUACACGAAAUCUCUCGCCCUGGUGGCUGACGCAUUCCAUUAUCUCAAUGAUAUCAUCGGGUUCAUCGUGGCAUUUGCUGCUGUGAAGAUAUCAUCGAAGAAGGAGUCACCAAAAGACCUAUCCUUUGGCUGGCAGCGAGCUCGCCUCCUGGGGGCGUUUUUCAACGGUGUUUUUCUUCUCGCCCUCGGUGUCAGUAUCUUCCUACAGUCCAUCGAGCGCUUUAUCAGCCCACAAGAGGUUGAGCGUCCAAAGCUGGUCCUUAUUAUCGGCUGUGUUGGGCUUGCGCUGAAUAUACUGAGCGCGUCUUUCCUUCACGAACACAGCCAUUCCCAUGAUACAAUCCCCGGCGGAAGUCUAGAUGCAAGCGCCGAGAGCGGGAUAAACGAGGCUUACGCCUUCCAUACCGGCCAUAGACAUAAUAACCUCCAAGCCCAAAAGAAGGGAUACGAUCUCGGGUUGCUCGGUGUUUUCAUCCACGUCCUUGGCGAUGCCUUCAAUAACGUCGGGGUCAUUAUUUCUGCCUUGAUUAUCUGGCUCACCAGUUCUGCCUCCCGGUACUAUGCAGACCCGGCCAUUAGUAUGGCGAUCGCCUUCAUGAUCAUGGGAACAUCUGUCCCCCUCGUGAGGAAUUCCGGACUUAUUCUGCUGGACAGUGUUCCAAAGGGAAUCGAUCUGAACGAUGUCAAACAUGACCUUGAACUGUUACCCGAGGUUUCAUCCGUCCACGAGCUGCACGCCUGGCGCCUGAACCAGGAAAAGGCUCUGGCUUCCGUACACGUCGGCCUGCCCGAUAUUCGCAUCUCAGAGUUCGUGAAACUUGCCAAGACCAUGAACGAGUGCUUCCACAGCUAUGGUAUCCAUUCGGCGAUUGUGCAACCGGAACUUAUCCAGACGGUAGAGGACACCACCAAGAGGGCUGCAGGGAAAUCAGAUUCCUGUCAAAUUACCUGCGGCUCUUCCUGUGAACUGCUUACCUGCUGUGGCUAAGGACGGGCUUCGGCGAUGACACCGGUUUCCUAAGCUAUAGGGAAUCUGUUCAACCCUUGUGGAGUUGGGAGAUGUGAAUCUAAUUUACAUAAUGCGCUUCUGAACUCAGUAGGAGAGCCACUAUUCAUUUCUCGAGGAGCUGCUCUGAUUGGUGAGGUGGAAUAUGGUAGAUCUAGAAUUGUAAACCGCAUUUGGCACCAUUUCCAUAUAGUAAAUGUCUGUUCACGUAUGUUCGCUUUUGAUCAUGAUCUUGUAGGUGAC